ACCAGGAGACAGCGCAGACUGAAUGUGAUUUUUUUUAGUUGGAGUUGGAAUGAAUGAUUGUUUGUUAGGCCUAUUGUUAUUGUUGGGAUUUGGGAAUUUGAAAAUUUGAGGUUUAUCCUAGUUAGUUUACAUACUUUAAAUAAAUACCAAUAACAAAUCUAACAGAUAUGAUAACCGAACUAGUGAAGUUUUUAGGCCUACAACAAUAAAUCAAAUGUUGAGUAUAGAUGCAGCUCCAUGCUCCAUAUUUAGUUAUAAUUUUGUGAUUUGUAUAAAUGUCAAAUGUCUUCAAUAUUAGCAUUUGGUUUCAACAAAUUUCAGCAACUCAAUUGUCUUCAGUUAUUGUUAUUAAGUCUACAGGAACAGGAAAUCUCUGAUCAUUAUUGCUCCAGAGAAUGUUCUUCAGCUCGCCCCUUCAACAAAGUGUUUAAUUUAAAGCUGGAUUAUUGUGAAAGUCCUUAUAUGAUUAGAAAUGAAUAUCCUCAAGUAAAUAGCCAGUUCCUGUUUUCGUGGAGCUAUUGUCUUGUUAUAAUUGACAAUACACUCUUCUUAUGUGGGUUUUUAGGAGGAAUAAGCAAUUCCUCUAAGUCAUUAAAGACUCCAAAUGGAAAGACUAUUUGUCAGGCUAGCUGCAAUCGAAGACAGGUGUUGUGUGUGACGGAGGAUGGGUGUUGUUGGCAAUACAAUGUUGAGACUGAUCUGUGGAAGGAUUUGACCAACAUUCUUCUCUCAGACGUAGACAUAUGUGAUGAAGACACCUCUCCAGUCAUCAUCACUAAAGUUUGCUGUGGAGAGCUGGUUACUGCAAUACUCACUUCAAAAGGAGAAGUGUUCAACUGGCCCAAUAAGCUGACUCUACCUAGUGUGAAGGUGAAGGACAUAGCCUGUGGUAGAGCUCACAUCAUCUUACUGUCAGACAAUGGUCAAGUGUUCUCUGUGGGAGAGGGAAGCCGAGGACAACUUGGCCAUGGAGAACUGGAGGCAGAAGAAGAACCUCGAUUAGUGGAGGGGUUGGCAGGCCUGACUGUGGUGGCAGUAGCUUGUGGAGGUUGGCACUCUUGUGCAGUGACGGCCGAUGGAGACUUAUAUACCUGGGGUUGGAACAUGUCUGGGCAGCUAGGCUUACAAACUUCCAAGGCAGGCAGUGGCGUGUCAGUACAGGCAUUACCAGUUGCUGUGGAAUAUCCACACAAUGAGGAUAUAAAAGUUAUCUCAGCAGCCUGCGGUGCCCGACACACUGUUUCACUAACAGAGGGUGGUGGUGUUUGGGUGUGUGGCUGGAACGGUUAUGGACAGCUGUUUCUGCCUGAUGUGGACUGUGUGGACCAGAUGACUCAAAUAGUUGUGCCUGACAAUCUACCUGUGCGACAGAUAUUGUGUGGGCCUUGGAAUUCUUGUCUCAUCACCCAAUCUUGAGACACGACACCAAGUGACACCCAGCCACAGAAGAGACAGAAGAGUCUGGUAGUUACCGUCAUCAACGUCCUGGUA